AAAUUAAAAUAUGAAAAAGGCCAAGUAAACAAAAAAGAUCACAUGAAAUGCACGCGAGUCUUAGCUACAGGAAAACGCCGUUCAGUCUGGUCCACUAGACGUACGAUUGUCCAGUUUCCUUUACCCGUAAUCCCUUUUUUCUGUAACCGAACACCCGAUAACAAACCCUACAAUUCUUCCGAUUACUUCCUGUUAUCGCAUAUAAAGUUUUACCCGCCAUUUCUCCACUCUCACAAAAUCAAAUCUUGUCCGUUAAUUACCCGCCAAAUCAUCACAAAUUUUGUAUCCCUGCACCACCAGACCUUUCUUCAUCUUCUGAUGAGUUUACAUUGAUAAAGAUUGAAUCUUUUGUUCUAUGAGUGUAUGAUUUUGGCACUUUUUCUAAUCAUCUUUAUGUUGAAUUUAAUGUCUGCUGAAUUGGAUCAAUGGGUAGUUGUGAACUUGGUAAUACAUCAAGUUAUGUACAGAAAGAGGUUCUAGAGGAUAAACUCCAAGCCUCACCUGCGGUGGAAACUACCGUGGAGCAAGAUCAUCAGGUUGUCGAGAGUGACCUUGAUUUCCAGAGCUCUGAAGAUGGUUCUUGUAAUGAUGGGAGCGGAGUGGAAGUUGAUGGUGGCAGCUCUGACAGUCCGAAAUACUCAUCUGUUAACAUCUGUGGUCAGAGCCUACCAGAGGCUGAUGUUGAGUUAAAAAAUGAGGAAGAAGAGACAUAUGUUGCGCCUAAAGUUGGUAUGGAGUUCGAAACAGAAGAUCAUGCAUAUAAGUGUUACAGUAGGUAUGCUGUCCUCCAAGGUUUUAGUAUUAGGAAAGAUUUUGUAAAUAAAAGUAGGCUAAAUGGCGAUGUAGUGUCCAGAAGAUACACUUGUUACAAGCAAGGUUAUCGUCCCGCCAAUCAUAUCGCGAAGGUGAGGAAACCCCGCCAGGAAACAAGAACUGGUUGUUUGGCUCAAAUGACCAUUGCACGGCAACCCAAUGGGAAGUUCCGCGUUACCCGUUUUGUAACACAACACAAUCAUGAGUUUCUGGCUCCAUCUACAGCUCACAUGUUACCAUCACAAAAGAGGUUGACUUUUGCUCAAGCAGUUGAAGCUGACUUGGCUAAAGGCUUUGUGAUGGAUGGGGUACCAAAACUUGGGAUGGGUUUUGAGUCUGAAGAUCAUGCAUAUGAAUUUUACAAUGCAUAUGCUGGGCAAGUAGGCUUUAGUGUUCGAAAAGAUUAUGUGAAUAGGAGUAAGAUAGAUGGUGCUGUGGCAUCUAGGAGGUUUACUUGUUUUAGAGAAGGUUUUCGGCAGAAAGACAAGCGGGAUUUGAAUGUGAAGAGACCUCGUAAGGAAACAAGAAUCGGAUGUACAGCUCAACUUGUCAUUUCUCGUCAACCAGAUAGUAAAUAUCGGGUCACACAUUUUGAAAAAAAGCACAAUCAUGAGCUUGUUGCGGUAUGCAAGGUCCGCACUUUACGUUCACAGAAGAGAUUAGCCACAGCUCAAGUUGAAGGAAAUGAAGUAGAUGUACACAGCAGGAGCUUAUGAUGUCUAUGGAAAUCAACCAGUCAAUUGCAACAGUAAACUAAUUUUCAGACGUAUGAGAGAUAUUAAAGAGGGAGAAGCAGAAAGGAUGCGGCAAUAUCUUUAUAAUAAGCAACUGAAAAUCCCAUCUUUCUUCUUUUUAUGCAACUUCAUGUGGAAAAUCGGAUAACCAACAUAUUUUGGGCUGAACGCAAAAAUGUUGGACUAUAAUGACUUCGGAUAUGUGGUCUGCUUUGAUACAACUUACAGAAUGUACAAAGAUUGCACGCCAUUCUUAGCAUAGCAUUCAUAGGGGUGAAUCAUCAUACGCAAAUGGUGGCCUUCAGUGCUGUCUUUUUAUAUGAUGAAACUGUUGAAUCUUACAAGUGGCUCUUUCGAACUUUCAUAGAGGCAAUGUCUGGACAUAGGCCCAGGACAAUCCUCACAGAUCAAUAUUCUGUAAUUGCUGAAGCAAUUGCUUCAGUGUUAUCUGAGAUACAGCACCGAUUAUGUGUAUGGCAUAUAUACCAACAUGCACUUAAACAGCUGAACCACAUGUUUGUGAGCCCUGAUUCAUUUGUAACUGAUUUAAGCAGUUGACUUUUUGAGUAUGAACCUUUCAUUGAUGCAUGGAAGGGGGUGUUGGAUGCAUAUGGUCUCUGGGAAAAUGAAUGGUUGAAUUUGAAGUUUAAAGAAAGAGAGAAAUGGGCUGUAGCAUAUGGAAGGCACGUUUUUUCAGCAGACAUUAGAAGUGUGCAACUUCCUGAAGGUUUUACUGCAAGCUUGAGGAGAUAUCUGAAUUUUGAUAUGGAUGUGCUUUCAUUUUUCAAGCAUCUUGGGAAGAUGUUGAAUGAUUGGCACUACAAAGAGUUGGAAGCUAAUUAUGAUAUGAGUCAGCAAUUGCCAAGGCUAACAGCAGAUGUGAUUCUCUUGAAGCAAGCAAGUAAUGCAUACACUCCGAAGAUAGUUGAACUGUUCCAGCAAGAAUAUGAAACCUCUUUGAAUAUUCUCAUUAACCAGUAUUCUAAGAGUGGAUCAUUGUAAACAUAUAUGGUCAGCCGCAAGAGUAUAAAGUAACUUUCAGCUCAUCCGAAGAGACAGUUGCCUGUAACUGUAUGAAAUUUGAGUUUAUGGGAGUUUUAUGCAGUCAUGCCUUGAAAGUUCUCGACUAUAGGAACAUCCAUCUUGAAGAGGUGGACCAGGGAUAUAAGGGUUUGAGAUUUAUUUUUUUUUUAUGUAAACCCACCAUAAUUGCUUGACACUGGCCAACAAUAAGAUCUCUGACCCGAUCCUCUUAGCUACUUGCUUAUGGCUACUAAUAUCAAGAAAACUGCUGUAGAUAGAAAGCAGCCUGAUUGAUAUGAUAUUAAUACCGUACACCAUCCAGAAUAAUUAUUAUUUGUA